AUGACACUACGAGUAAACACUGGCAAACCCUUGACGACACCCCUCCCCGACGCAUCUCCCACUCAGCGACCCGAACGAAACAAAGAGUAGAGCGACACAGCAAAACCAAAGACGAGGCAGCGAAAACAACCUCCCGUCUCCUCGAGCCCAACAAAACACUCCCCGCACCCCCUCUCCAACACCCCUCCUCCUCCCAGACCCAGCCAUAGACGAGAUCCUAACAUCGCCUAUCAUCUACCCUCCCCAACACCGUCCUCUUCUCUCCCAGCCACCUCUCCUCUUCUCCUCGCCUUCUCCUCUCCUCCUCUCCCCACCACCCCUCUCCUCCCAUCUAACCUCUCUCCCAGCCAUCUCACCUCUCUCCCAACCAUCUCCUCUCCUCUCUCUCCCAACCAUCUCCCUGAAUGUCAACUUGGCAGUGUUGAACUGUGUCCCAAAUGGCACCCUAUUCCCUAUGUAAUGCACUACUAUAGACCAGGGUCCUAUAGGGAUUAUGGUGCCAUUUGGGACUCAGCCUAUAAAGUGACUCUAAAUUGGUUAAGUGCCCUUCAGCUAUGUGGAGUCAUCUUUUGUGACCUUUCCAUCCCUGCAGUUGCGUAUGCAUGGAGCAAUAUAACAUUCUCUCAGGUCAUCACCAUGAAUGUUAAUGCGUACUUUCAGAUGCCCCGGCGUAUUUUUUUUAAGGACAUUGUUAAUUUUAAGCAAAACUAGGACGUCUUCUCAAAAUCAUUAUCACAAACAUGCAGACACCUCAUCAGAUCAUUCUCAGCAGAUGGUGGACGGUAAUCAGGGAUGUGGUGCAGUUGCCGUACCAGGCGGUGAUACAGCCCAACAGGAUGCUCUGAAUUGUGCAUCUGUAAAAGUUUGUGAUGGUCUUAGGGGCCAAACUCAAUUUCUUCACCACACUGUCUGUGUGGGUGGACCAUUUCAGAGUGUCAGUGAUGUGUACGCCGAGGAACUUGAAGCUUUCCACCUUCUCCACUGCGGUCCCGUCGAUGUGGAUAGGGGCGUGUUCCCUCUGCUGUCUCCUGAAGUCCACGAUCCUCUCCAUUGUUUCGUUUUGUUGACGUUGAGGAAGAGGUUCCUGGCACCACUCCGCCAGGGCCCUCACCUCCUCCCCUGUAGGCGGUCUCGUCAUUGUUGGUAAUCAAGCCUACUACUGUUGUGUCGUCUGCAAACUUGAUGAUUGAGUUGGAGGCGUGCUUGGCCACACAGUCAUGGGUGAACAGGGAGUACAGGAGGGAGCUGAGCACGUACCCUUGUGGGGCCCCAGUGUUGAGGAUCAGCGACGUGGAGGUGUUGUUUCCUACCUUCACCACCUGGGGGCGGCCCGUCAGAAAGUCCAGGACCCAGUUGCACUGGGCGGGGUUCAGACCCAGGGCCCGAGCUUAAUGAUGAGCUUGGAGGGUACUAUGGUGUUGAAUGCUGAGCUAUAGUCAAUGAACAGCAUUCUGACGUAGGUAUUCCUCUUGUCCAGAUGGGAUAGGGCAGUGUGCAAUGCGAUGACGAUUGCAUCGUCUGUGGAUCUAUUGGGGUGGUAUGCAAAUUGAAGUGGGUCUAGGGUGACAGGUGAGGUGGAGGUGAUAUGAUCCUUAACUAGCCUCUCAAAGCACUUCAUGAUGACAGAAGUGAGUGCUACAGGGCGAUAGUCAUUUAGUUCAGUUACCUUUGCUUUCUUGGGUACAGCAACAAUGGUGGACAUCUUGAAGCAAGUGGGGACAGCAGACUGGGAUAGGGAGAGAUUGAAUAUGUCCGUAAACACUCCAGCCAGCUGGUCUGCGCAUGCUUGGAGGACGCGGCUAGGAAUGCUGUCUGGGCCGGCAGCCUUGCGAGGGUUAACACACUUAAAUGUCUUACUCACGCCGGCCACGGAGAACGAGAGCCCACAGUCCUUGGUAGUGGGUCGCGUCGGUGGCACUGUGUUAUCCUCAAAGCGGGCGAAGAAGGUGUUUAGCUUGUCUGGGAGCAAGACGUUGGUGUCCGCGAUGUGGCUGGUUUUCCCUUUGUAAUCCGUGAUUGUCUGUAGACCCUGCUACAUACUUAUUGUGUCUGAGCUGUUUAAUUGUGACUCCACUUAGUCUCUGUACUGACGUUUUGCCUGUUUGAUUGCCUUACGGAAGGAAUAACUGCACUGUUUGUAUUCAACUGUAUUCCCAGUCACCUUGCCGUGGUUAAAUGCGGUGGUUCGCGCUUUCAGUUUUGCGCGAAUGCUGCCAUCUAUCCACGGUAUUUGAUUUGGGUUUUAAUAGUCACAGUGGGAACAACAUCCCCUAUACACUUCCUGAUGAACUCAGUCACCGUGUCCGUGUAUACGUCAACAUAUCCCAGUCCGCGUGAUCAAAACAAUCUUGAAGCAUGGAUUUCCGAUUGGUCAGACCAGCGUUGAAUAGACCUUUGCACAGGUACUUCCUGUUUGAGUUUCUGCCUAUAGGAAGGGAGGAGCAGAAUGAAUCUGAUUUGCUGAAGGGAGGGCGGGGGGAGGUCCUUGUAGCCAUCCCGGAAGGGAGAGUAACAAUGGUCGAGAAUUUUUGAAGGCCGAGUACUACAGGCAAUGUGUUGGUAUAACUUCUGAUACAUUUUCCUCAAAUGUUCUUUGUUAAAAUCCCCAGCUACAAUAAAUGCGGCCUCAGGAUAUGUGGUUUCCAGUUUGCACAAAGUCUAGUGUAGAUCCUUAAAGGCUGUCUGGGUAUCGGCUUAAGGGGAAAUAUACACGGCUGUGACUAUAACCGAAGAGAAUUCUCAAGGGAGGUAAUACGGACGGCAUUUGAUUGAGGUAUUCUAGGUCUGGUGAACAAAAGGACUUGAGUUCCUGUACGUUAUCACAAUCACACCAUGAUUAGUUAAUCAUGAAACAUACACCACCGCAUUUCUUCUUUCCGGAGUGUUCUUUAUUCCUGUCUGUGCGAUGUACUGAGAACCCAGCUGGCUGUAUGGACGGGGACAGUAUAUCCGGAGAGAGCCGUGAUUCCGUGAAACAGAGUAUGUUACAGUCCCUGAUGUCUCUCUGGACAGAGAUCCUCGCCCUGAGCUCGUCUACUUUAUUGUCCAGAGACUGAACAUUAGCGAGUAAUACACUAUAUAUAGUAAUAUACUCGGAAGCGGUGGAUGGUGUGCACGCCUCCUGAGUCGGACUAGAAGUCCACUCCGAAUACCUCUUCUUUGCCGGCGGCGUCUUGGAGCAGCCUCUGGGAUAAGUUCAAUUACAUUUUUCACAUGUUAGUCAUUUAGGAGAUGCUCUUAUCCGGAGCGACUUACAGUAUUGAGUACAUACAUUUUCAUAUUUGUUCGUAUUGCCCUGGGGGGUACGAACAAAGGAUCCAAUUCGGGAAAGUCGUAUUUCUGGUCGUAAUGCUGGUGAGUUACCGCCACUCUGAUAUCCAAAAGUUAUUUUCGGCUCUAUGUAAUAACCCCAAAAACUUUGUGGUGUAAGAAAUAACAAAAAAAAUAAAAUAUAAUAAACACUGCAAAGUUGCUUAGGAGCUAGAAGCAGAGCUGCCAUGUCUGUCGGUGCCAAAUGUGUCAACCUGACAGCUUAAUGAAGAUGGGUCUGACUGAUGGGAAAUAACAGUCCAGUCACUGUCCAGUCUAAUGAAGAUGGGUCUGACUGAUGUUAAAUAACAGUCCAGUCACUGUUAGUCUAUGUCAUGGAAAUGUUUUGCUCCUAAUGUUUUGUACACUCAGUGUAUAUAAAUCACAAAAUCAUGUUUUUGACUGCACUGGGCCUUUAACCUUCACAGGCCCGUGGCCAGAUGAUAUGACAGCCAGGCUAGUGAAGAGUACUGGACCCCCUUGUAUUAAAUGCAACAUCUCUGUUUCCUCCCUCUUUCCCUCUCCUCCUCCUCCUCUCCCCGGGGCAGUCUCAGAAACAGAACGUAGAUCUGAGCAGGCAGGCCAAGUUCGCCCAGACCCCGUCCUUCGCCCUCUUCGUCACCCUGAAGAACGUGGUGUGUAAAAUCGGUGAAGAUGCAGAGGUGCUCAUGUCCCUCUACGACCCCGUUGAGUCGAAGUUUAUUAGGUAUGUAACCUCUAUGACCUCGUAGGGUUAAAGGUCAUCAUGUACAGUACACAGAGCGCAUAGGGAGAGCAUUUGCGUUGUGGGUUUUUGUAGUCGACUUGAGCUGCAACAGAUUUCCACAACGAUUUUCACACGUUGCUAUACCAACCUUAUUAAAACGACAAAUUGAAACAUUUGUUCACUAAAACUGUUGUUCUUAUUUAACACUGUAAAUUAUAGGAUUUAGUGGUUUUGGGUGGUUUCUUCCUUUUUAAGGUUAAAGGUCAUCAGAUAUGUUCCUCUAUGACCCUCUGAGGGUUAAAGUUUAUCAGGUAAGCCAAGGGUCGCAAGAGUUCUGGAAACUUUCCUACACUUCCCAGGUUUUCCUGAAAUCCCAGUUGGAGGAUUGGCUCCCUGCUUAUUUGCUCAUUAUUCCGGGAAUCCUCUCAUCUGGAAUUUCUGGAAAACCUCUGAAUCAUGGGAAUAGUAUACUCCUAGGUAUGAGUCCAAAGCCAGGACCGUGACAGAACAGACCCUGCUGCCUGCUGCCAGGGGAUUCUAUCGUUCCAGGAUUACAGCAUCAAAUACUGUUUAAGAAGCAUCUAAUCUGUGUACGACAUUAGUCAGUUGAUUGUAAUUUCUUCAUGAAGAAACUAGAGAGUUAAUUUGUGAUGACAGAUUGUAAAGUUUAAAAGGUUCGUUUUGGUACCCUCUUUGAUUUGUUCCCUCUCUUCCCCUCCUAGUGAGAAUUACCUGGUGCGAUGGUCCAGUCAAGGCCUGGUCAAAGAUAUAGAUCAACUCCAUAACCUGAGAUCAGUCUUCACCGUAAGUAUAUGUAGAGUGUGUGGCUGUAAUGGGAGUGUUGGCUGCAGCUGCUGCAUGAUUGGAUACCCAGCCCUGUCAUGAGGGAUGUCGGAGCCCGUGGUGUGUGUGUGUGUGUGUGUGUGUGUGUGUGUGUGUGUGUGUGUGUGUGUGUGAGUGUGUGUGUGUGAGUGUGUGUGUGUGAGUGUGUGUGUGUGUGUGUGUGUGUGUGUGCCCCCCUGUUUGAGGGGGCGGUGUUUGUUAAGCUCCCCGGCUCUGAAAGAUAAAGACCAGGACCCAGAGCGACCCGGCUUGUUUGUCGAAAGUCACCUCUCUACUAAUGGCUGGCCAAGGUCAGCCAGGUUACCAGGCGCCUACGUACGACAAGCUAGCUGAUGCCUGCUACUUGCUGCGCUGCUCGCUCUACUGGCCACAGCAGGAAAUGAACCGUGGAGUCAAUUAAAUAGGGAGUUAAAGCAAUUUGCGGGCAAAAACUGCCGCCUUAACAAAAGUUUAUCCUCCCUUGAAAAGGUUCUGAUGAAUUGUUCACUCAGCCCUACCUGGCUCGUUGUCAUUGGUGUUACUGCUGCAGCCUAGUAAACAGAUCAGCCUGGUGGUGAUGGUGUUACUGCUGCAGCCUAGUAAACAGAUCAGCCUGGUGGUGGUGGUGUUACUGCUGCAGCCUAGUAAACAGAUCAGCCUGGUGGUGAUGGUGUUACUGCUGCAGCCUAAUAAACAGAUCAGCCUGGUGGUGAUGGUGUUACUGCUGCAGCCUAGUAAACAGAUCAGCCUGGUGGUGGUGGUGCUACUGCUGCAGCCUAGUAAACAGAUCAGCCUGGUGGUGAUGCUGUUACUGCUGCAGCCUAGUAAACAGAUCAGCCUGGUGGUGAUGGUGUUACUGCUGCAGCCUAGUAAACAGAUCAGCCUGGUGGUGAUGGUGUUACUGCUGCAGCCUAGUAAACAGAUCAGCCUGGUGGUGAUGGUGUUAGUGCUGCAGCCUAGUAAACAGAUCAGCCUGGUGGUGAUGGUGUUACUGCUGCAGCCUAGUAAACAGAUCAGCCUGGUGGUGGUGGUGUUAGUGCUGCAGCCUAGUAAACAGAUCAGCCUGGUGGUGAUGGUGUUACUGCUGCAGCCUAAUAAACAGAUCAGCCUGGUGGUGAUGGUGUUACUGCUGCAGCCUAGUAAACAGAUCAGCCUGGUGGUGAUGGUGUUAGUGCUGCAGCCUAAUAAACAGAUCAGCCUGGUGGUGGUGUUACUGCUGCAGCCUAAUAAACAGAUCAGCCUGGUGGUGGUGUUACUGCUGCAGCCUAAUAAACAGAUCAGCCUUGGUGGUGUGUUACUGCUGCAGCCUAGUAAACAGAUCAGCCUGGGGGGUGGUGUUACUGCUGCAGCCUAAUAACCAGAUCAGCAUGGUGUCGGUUGGUGUGUUACUGCUGCAGCCUAGUAAACAGAUCAGCCUGGUGGUGGUGGUGUUACUGCUGCAGCCUAUAGUAAACAGAUCAGCCUGGUGGUGAUGCUGUUACUGCUGCAGCUAGUAAACAGAUCAGCCUGGUGGUGAUGCUGUUACUGCUGCAGCCUAGUAAACAGAUCAGCCUGGUGGUGAUGGUGUUACUGCUGCAGCCUAGUAAACAGAUCAGCCUGGUGGUGAUGGUGUUACUGCUGCAGCCUAGUAAACAGAUCAGCCUGGUGGUGAUGGUGUUACUGCUGCAGCCUAGUAAACAGAUCAGGCCUGGUGGUGGAUGGUGUUAUGCUGCAGCCUAGUAAACAGAUCAGCCCUGGUGGUGAUGGUGUUACUGCUGCAACGGCCUAAUAAACAGAUCAGCCUGGUGGUGAAUGGUGGUACCUGCUGCAGCCUAUAAACGAUCAGCCUGGUGGUGAUGGUGUUAGUGCUGCAGCCUAAUAAACAGAUCACCUGGUGGUGGUGUUAGUGCUUGCAGCUCAGUAAAACAAAUUCAGCCUGGUGGUGGUGGUGUUACUGCUGGCGCCUAAUAAACAGAUCAGUCCUGGUGUGGUGGUGUUACUGCUGCAGCUAAUAAACAGAUCAGCCUGGUGGUGAUGGUGUUCUGCUGCAGCCUAAUAACAGAUCAGCCUGGUGGUGAUGGUGUUACUGCUGCAGCCUAAUAAACAGACAGCCUGGUUUGUGGUGUUACUGCUGCAGCCUAGUAAACAGAUCACCUGGUGAUGGUGUUACUGCUGCAGCCCUAGUAAACAGAUCAGCCUGGUGGUGAUGCUGUUACCGCUGCAGCCUAGUAAACAGAUCAGCCUGGUGGGUGAUGGUGUUACUGCUUGCAGCCUAAUAAACAGAUCAGCCUGGUGGUGAUGGUGUUACUGCUGCAGCCUAGAAACAGAUCAGCCUGGUGGUGGUGGUGUGUUACUGCUGCAGCCUAGUAAACAGAUCAGCCUGGUGGUGGUGGUGCUACUGCUACACCUAGUAAACAGAUCGCCUGGUGGUGAUGUGUUACUGCUGCAGCCUAAUCAAACAGCUCAGCCUGGUGGUGGUGUUACUGCUGCAGCCUAAUAAACAGAUCAGCCUGGUGGUGGUGGUGUUACUGCUGCACCUAGUAAACAGAUCAGCCUGGUGGUGGUGUUUUUACUGCUGCAUCCUAGUAACAUACGUCAGCCUGGUGGUGGUGGUGUUACUGCUGCAGCCUAGUAAACAGAUCAGCCUGGUGGUGAUGGUGUUACUGCUGCAGCCUAGUAAACAGAUCAGCCUGGUGGUGGUGGUGUUACUGCUGCAGCCUAAUAAACAGAUUAGCCUGGUGGUGGUGGUGUUACUGCUGCAGCCUAAUAAACAGAUCAGCCUGGUGGUGGUGGUGUUUACUGCUGCAGCCUAUAAACAAUUCAGCCUGGUGGUGGUGGUGUUAACUGCUGCAGCCUAGUAAACAGAUCACCCGGUGUGGUGGUGUUACUGCUGCAGCCUAGAACAGAUCAGCCUGGUGGUGGUGGUGUUCUUGCUGCAGCCUAUCAAAGAUCACCUGGUGGUGGUGUGUUACUGCUGCAGCCUAAUAACAAUCAGCCUGGUGUGGUGGUGUUACUGCUGCAGCCUAGUAAUCAGAUCAGCCUGUGGUGGUGGUGUUACUGCUGCAGCCUAAUAAACAGAUCAGCCUGGUGGUGGUGGUGUUACUGCUGCAGCCAAUAAACAGAUCAUCCUGGUGGUGUGGUGUUACUGCUGCAAAGCCUAGGUAAACAGAUCACCUGGUGGUGGUGGUUAAUGCUGCAGCCUAAAAACAGAUCAGCCUGGUGGUGGUGGUGUUUACUGCUGCAGCCUAAUAAACAGAUCAUCCUGGUGUGGUGGUGUUAUGCUCAGCCUAGUAACAGACAGCCUUUGGGUGUGUUGGGUGAAUCUGUUGUUUUACUGCUGCAGCCUAGUAAACAGAUCAGCCUGGUGUGGUGGGUUACUGCUGCAGCCUAGUAACAGAUCAGCCUGGUGGUGGUGUGUUACUGCUGCAGCCUAUAAACAGAUCAGCCUGGUGGUGGUGGUUUACUGCUGCAGCCUAAUAAACGAUCAGCCUGGUGGUGGUGGUGUUUUACCUAAAUCACCGUGUCCUGCAGCAUAAACAGAUCAGCCUGGUGGUGGUGGUGUUACUGCUGCAGCCUAAUAACAAAUCACCUGGUGGUGGUGGUGUUUACUGCUGCAGCCUAUAAACAGAUCACCUGGUGGUGGUGGUGUUUACUGCUGCAGCCUAGUAAACAGAUCAGCCUGGUGGUGUGUUGGUGUUACGCUGCAGCCUAGUAAACAGAUCAGCCUGGUGGUGGUGGUGUUACUGCUGCAGCCUAAUAAACAGAUCCAGCCUGGUGGUGAUGGUGUUUACUGCUGCAGCCUAGUAAACAGAUCAGCCUGGUGGUGGUGUGUUACUGCUGCAGCCUAAUAAACAGAUCGCCUGGUGGUGAUGGUGUUACUGCUGCAGCCUAAUAAACAGAUCAGCCUGGUGGUGGGUGUUACUGCUGCAGCCUAGUAAACAGAUCAGCCUGGGGGUGAUGGUUACUGCUGCAGCCUAGUAAACAGAUUUAGCCUGGUGGUGGUGGUGUUACUGCUGCAGCCUAGUAAACAGAUCAGCCUGGUGGUGGUGGUGUUACUGCUGCAGCCUAGUAAACAGAUCAGCCUGGUGGUGAUGCUGUUACUGCUGCAGCCUAGUAAACAGAUCAGCCUGGUGGUGAUGGUGUUACUGCUGCAGCCUAGUAAACAGAUCAGCCUGGUGGUGGUGUUUACUGCUGCAGCCUAUAAACAGAUCAGCCUGGUGGUGGUGGUGUUACUGCUGCAGCCUAAUAAACAGAUCAGCCUGGUGGUGAUGGUGUUGCUGCUGCAGCCUAAUAAACAGAUCAGCCUGGUGGUGGUGUUACUGCUGCAGCCUAAUAAACAGAUCAGCCUGGUGGUGGUGUUACUGCUGCAGCCUAAUAAACAGAUCAGCCUGGUGGUGGUGUUACUGCUGCAGCCUAGUAAACAGAUCAGCCUGGUGGUGGUGGUUUACUGCUGCAGCCUAAUAAACAGAUCAGCCUGGUGGUGGUGUUACUGCUGCAGCCUAGUAACAGAUCAGCCUGGUGGUGGUGGUGUUACUGCUGCAGCCUAGUAAACAGAUCAGCCUGGUGGUGGUGGCGUUACUGCUGCAGCCUAAUAAACAGAUCAGCCUGGUGGUGAUGGUGUUACUGCUGCAGCCUAAUAACAGAUCACCUGGUGGUGUGGGUGUUACUGCUGCAGCCUAGUAAACAGAUCAGCCUGGUGGGGUGGUGUUACUGCUGCAGCCUAGUUAAACAGAUCAGCCUGGUGGGUGGAUUGGUGUUUAUUCUGCUGUCAGGCCUAAUAAAAAAAAACCAAAGAAAAAAUUUUCAGCCUGGUGUGUGGUGUUAACUGCUGCAGUCUAUUAAACAGAUCAGCCUGGUGGUGGUGGUGUUACUGCUGCAAGCCUAGUAAACGAUCAGCCUGGUUGGUGGGUGGUGUUAACUGCUGCAGCCUAAAAAAAAAACAAAAAAAAUAACAGUUCAGACUGGUGGUGAUGUGUUAACUGCUGCAGCCUAGUAAACAGAUCAAGCCCGGUGGUGGGGGUGUUACGGCUGCAGCCUAAUAAACGAAUCAGCCUGGUGUGGUGUUUAGUGCUGCAGCCUAGUAAAACAGAUAGCCUGGUGGUGGUGGUGUCUACGCUGCAGCCCUAAUAAACAGAUCAGCCCUGGUGGUGGUGGUGUUACUCUGCCAGCCUAGUAAACAGAUCAGCCUGGUGGUGGUGGUGUUACUGCCUGCAGCGCUAAUAAACAUCAGCCUGGUGGUGGUUGUUAGUGCUGCAGCCUAGUAAACAGAUCAGCCUGGUGGUGAUGGUGUUACUGCUGCAGCCUAAUAAACAGAUCAGCCUUGACGAGAAGCGAAAACCAGACAAAUUUGAUACCAGAUUGUCCUUAUUGGCCUCAUCGCAAUGACACAGAGUACCAAUGACACAGAGUACCAAUGUAACUAACUAGAAUUGUGUACAAGAAGUCAAAAUGUAAAUGUGCUCCUGGGCAGCACAGGCGGCUGGUGGCACCUUUUAAUUGGGGAGGACAUACUCGUAGUAAUGUCUGGAACCGAAUAAAUGGAACGGUAUCAAACAGAUGGUUUCCAUGGUUUCCAUGUGCUUGAUGCCGUUCCAUUGACUCCAUUCCAGCCAUUAUUAUGAGCCGUCCUCCCCUCAGCAGCCUCCUGUGGUGGUCAGGAUUGCUCCAAGGCAACGCUCGCUCACUCUUUCACUGUGUUCUGUGUAGUCUGAAGAAACACUUGGGCAGCGUUGCUCCAAGGCUUUACUCUUUCUCAGCGUUUCUUCAUCCUGGUCCUGGGGACCCAGAGGGGGGCACAUGUCUGCUUUUCCCCCUAGCACUACACAGCCAAUCCAAAAUGCUCAACUCAUCGAGCUUUGAUGAUUUUGAAUCAGAUGUGUAGUGCUAGGGCAAAAACAAAAAUGUGCAGCCCUUUGGGUCCCCAGGACCAGAAUUAAGAAACACUGUUCUAUCUAUACUGAACAAAAAUAUAAACUCAACAUGUAAAGUGUUGGUCCCAUGUUUCAUGCCGCUGAAAUAAAAGAUCCCAGAAAUGUUCCAUACGCACAAAAAAACAUAUUUCUCUCAAAUUUUGUGCACAAAUUUGUUUACGCCCCUGUUAGUGAGCAUUUCUCCUUUGCCAAGAUAAAUCCAUCCACCUGACAGCUGUGGCAUAUCAAGAAGCUGAUUAAACAGCAUGAUCAUUACACAGGUGCACCUUGUGCUGGGGACAAUAAAAGGACACUAGUCACACAGCACAAUGCCACAGAUGUCUCACGUUUUGAGGGAGCGUGCAAUUGGCUUGCUGACUGCAAGAAUGUCCACCAGAGCUGUUGCCAGAGAUUUGAAUGUUCAUUUAUCUACCAUAAGCCACCUCCAACUUCGUUUUAGAGAAUUUGACAGUACGUCUUACCGGCCUCACAACCGCAGACCACAUUUAACCACGCCAGCCCAGGACCUCCACAUCCGGCUUCUUCACCUGCGGGAUCGUUUGAGACCAGCCACCCGGGGCAGCUGAUGAAACUGAGGAGUAUUUUUGUCUGUAAAAACGCCCUUUUGUGGGGGAAAAACUAAUUCUGAUUGGCUGCCCUCCCAGGCCCACCCAUGGCUGCUCCCCUGCCCAGUCAUGUGAAAUCCAUAGAUUAGGGCCUAAUUAAUUUAUUUCAAUUGACUGAUUUCCUUAUAUGAACUGUAACUCAGUAAAAUUGUUGAAAUUGUUGCAUGUUUAAUAUUUUUGUUCAGUAUAAAAUAUUUUCUUCCCCCCCAGUGUAACUGAAGUUGUGUAGGCUACAAGAAGGUAGGUGGUUCUGCUUCAAUACCUCCGCUGAGUCCAUUUGUGGUUCUGUUUCCCCAGGACCUUGGGAGUGAAGAUUUAAAGAGAGAGAAGAUCAGCUUUGUGUGUCAGAUCGUUAGAGUUGGACGUAUGGAGCUACGUGACAACAACACAAAGAAGCUGACCUCUGGGCUGAGGAGACCCUUUGGAGUAGCAGGUAGACUGGCCGUGAUGGAGCCGGGAUAUAGCCUGUUGUGCUAGCAUUCCUCUAGCCUAGCAACCAGUCUGUUUGUGCCAACAUUCCUCUAGCCUAGCAACCAGUCUGUUUGUGCUAACAUUCCUCUAGCCUAGCAACCAGUCUGUUUGUGCUAACAUUCCUCUAGCCUAGCAACCAGUCUGUUUGUGCUAACAUUCCUCUAACCUAGCUACCAGUCUGUUUGUGCUAACAUUCCUCUAGCCUAGCUACCAGUCUGUUUGUGCUAACAUUCCUCUAGCCUAGCAACCAGUCUGUUUGUGCUAACAUUCCUCUAGCCUAGCAACCAGUCUGUUUGUGCCAACAUUCCUCUAACCUGGGUACCAGUCUGUUUGUGCUAACAUUCCUCUAGCCUAGCAACCAGUCUGUUUGUGCUAACAUUCCUCUAGCCUAGCUACCAGUCUGUUUGUGCUAACAUUCCUCUAGCCUGGGUACCAGUCUGUUUGUGCUAACAUUCCUCUAGCCUAGCAACCAGUCUGUUUGUGCUAACAUUCCUCUAGCCUAGCAACCAGUCUGUUUGUGCUAACAUUCCUCUAGCCUGGGUACCAGUCUGUUUGUGCUAACAUUCCUCUAGCCUAGCUACCAGUCUAUUUGUGCUAACAUUCCUCUAACCUGGGUACCAGUCUGUUUGUGCUAACAUUCCUCUAGCCUGGGUACCAGUCUGUUUGUGCUAACAUUCCUCUAGCCUAGCAACCAGUCUGUUUGUGCUAACAUUCCUCUAGCCUAGCUACCAGUCUGUUUGUGCUAACAUUCCUCUAGCCUAGCUACCAGUCUGUCUGUGCUAACAUUCCUCUAACCUAGCUACCAGUCUGUCUGUGCUAACAUUCCUCUCCUUAUACUCUGUGUCAUAUCCCCAACAUGUUUGGCUUUUGAUACGGAGUACAAGGAGUGGAAUAUUGGCACAGAACAGGUCUGGAUUUUAGGCUAUAGUGUAACUGUAUCCAUGUUACCAGAGCACUGACUGGGCCCACAGUACAGGUACAUCUAGCCAAACAAAAGCUGAGGAGACUCUGGCUCAUAGAAGUAGAAGAACUAGAAUGGGGAGAAGCCCCUCAGACCGCUGCCAUCUGGCAGCGCAAUCAAUAUGGCCGCCGGUCCACCCCAUCACGGAACGUUGACUUGGAAUGGGGAUGUUAGUUCUUUUCAUUCCAUUUCUAUGCUCUGGCCUACCGUGUGGCUUGAGAGACACUGGUUUCUGGAGAGUUUAUUCUUUCUAUCGGAGUGGCUGCACUUCCGGAUUUUCUGGAACCCGACUUGCUUUUUCCAAAAAAAAAAAAUCCGUAGAUUUCUGGACAUACGUGAUCCACUAGCCUAUCUCCCUUCAGCUGCCGCUCAGCGGUCAGUCACUCCAUGACUCUGCUGCUGCUUGUACACAAAGUUAGACCAAACGCAGCUCUUUGUGUGUCGUGACAGUAGGCUAACAUAAGUAGGAUUGUCUGUCGAGACAGUAGGCUAACAUAAGUAGGACACAAACAGGUUGUCUAGAGUUACGGGAAGCUAUUCACGCCAGCUGUAUGUUGCCUACACAGUAUAUCAAACUAGCAAGCCACAGACGGGCAGUAAAUUGUGAUUUAAUGUUCUUUUUUUUUUCAUAAUCAUUGCAAACAUUGGCUUAAACAGGAGGCAGACGGCUGGCUAUAUGGCAGCAUACCUAUAAAGAUUACAUCACACAAAACGCUAAUUGUUUUUCCCCAAUGCAACGUGUAGAAUGCGUCUUGCUUGUGCUACGGCAAUAUACGUUUCAACAGACCGAUAAGGUUGUAGCCUUCAUAUACUGUUAUACCAUUGACCUCCUAUACUAUAUGUCCUGUCUCUAACAGUAACAUACUGCUAAACCAUUGACCUCCUAUACUAUAUGUCCUGUCUCUAACAGUAACAGACUGCUAUACCAUUGACCUCCUAUACUAUAUGUCCUGUCUCUAACAGUAACAGACUGCUAUACCAUUGUCCUCCUAUACUAUAUGUCCUGUCUCUAACAGUAACAGACUGCUAUACCAUUGACCUCCUAUACUAUAUGUCCUGUCUCUAACAGUAACAGACUGCUAUACCAUUGACCUCCUAUACUAUAUGUCCUGUCUCUAACAGUAACAGACUGCUAUACCAUUGACCUCCUAUACUAUAUGUCCUGUCUCUAACAGUAACAGACUGCUAUACCAUUGACCUCCUACACUAUAUGUCCUGUCUCUAACAGUAACAGACUGCUAUACCAUUGACCUCCUAUACUGUAUAGGUCCCGUCUCUAACAGUCAUGGAUGUGACUGACAUCAUAACAGGCAAGAUGGAUGAUGAGGACAAGCAGCAUUUCAUCCCCUUCCAGCCGUGA